GCCAUGAAUCUCGUGACCUAAGAUCUAGUCGUGAAGAGCCAGAAGAGCCCAAUGUGUGUUCUGAUUUAAAUUCUUCGGUCAGCUUCAGAAUUGGAGACCUCAGUUUUAAAGAAAGCAAAGCCACAGUCAUCGUUACAAGAGCCGAAUUUAAUGCACCGGCAGGCGGAAGACCUCUAGGGUCCGUUUCAGAAAAGGGCCCGUCAGGACCUCGAGCCCAGGAAUAAAAGAUCCUGUUUCUCCUGGCCGCCCGCUUAGAAAGGCAACAUCGCAGGACGCCUGCUCUGGACACUUAUGACCCCAGUCCUGCCGCGGCCUGGUCUAGCCGAUCCAGCGAAGAAGGAAGCAAAAAGAGACGGGUUUUUGGUGAGGGGGAGCGAUGUCGACGACGCACCGGAAACGGUACCGUGGAAAGCCCUUGGGAGUGGCGGAGACGUGUCUGUUUGCUAGGCGCUGGGAGCACUUCCUCAGGGCUCUGGGCUAGGAAGUCGGCGGCUGGGUGCCUCCUCACUUACCUCUCCGGGGCUCAGCCGAACAGCGUGGGGCGGCGGCGGCGACGAAGGCCGGGGCUGGGAGCGUUGGCGGCCGGAGUCCCAGCCAUGGCCGAGUCUGUGGAGCGGCUGCAGCAGCGGGUACAGGAGCUGGAGCGGGAACUGGCCCAAGAGAGAAGUCGGCGGGUCCUUGGGGGAGGCGACGGAGUGGGCGGCCGGGCCCGCAUCGAGAAGAUGAGCCCAGAGGUGGUGGAUUCCAAUCCCUACAGCCGCUUGAUGGCACUGAAACGAAUGGGAAUUGUAAACGACUAUGAGAAAAUCCGUACCUUUGCUGUAGCAAUAGUAGGUGUUGGUGGAGUUGGUAGUGUGACUGCUGAAAUGCUGACAAGAUGUGGCAUUGGUAAGGUAAAAACAUUUCUCUUUGCCUAUCAUAUAGGUAACGGUGGGUUAGAAGAAGGAAAACCUGUUGAUCUAGUUCUUAGCUGUGUGGAUAAUUUCGAAGCUCGAAUGACAAUAAAUACAGCUUGUAAUGAACUUGGACAAAUAUGGAUGGAAUCUGGGGUCAGUGAAAAUGCAGUUUCGGGGCAUAUACAGCUCAUAAUUCCUGGAGAAUCUGCUUGUUUUGCGUGUGCUCCACCCCUUGUAGUUGCUGCAAAUAUUGAUGAAAAGACUCUGAAACGAGAAGGUGUUUGUGCAGCCAGUCUUCCUACCACUAUGGGAGUGGUUGCCGGGAUCUUAGUACAAAAUGUGUUAAAGUUUCUGUUAAAUUUUGGUACUGUUAGUUUUUACCUUGGAUACAACGCAAUGCAGGAUUUUUUUCCUACUAUGUCCAUGAAGCCAAAUCCUCAGUGUGAUGACAGAAAUUGCAGGAAACAGCAGGAAGAAUAUAAGAAGAAGGCAGCAGCACUGCCCAAACAGGAAGUUGUACAAGAAGAAGAAAAGAUAAUACAUGAAGAUAACGAGUGGGGUAUUGAGCUGGUAUCUGAGGUUUCAGAAGAGGAACUGAAAAAUUCUUCAGGCCCAGUUCCAAACUUACCUGAAGGAAUUACAGUGGCAUAUACAAUUCCAAAAAAGCAAGAAGAUUCUGUACCUGAGGUGACAGUAGAGGAUUCUGGUGAAAGCUUGGAAGACCUCAUGGCUAAGAUGAAGAAUAUGUAGAUAAUGGACUGACAUAUAUUUUAUUUCCCAUGUUAAAGCCUAUUCUCUUGAAAUUAAAAAAAAAAAAAAAACUUAGGGCAACAUUAAUUUAUGUAUAAUCUUAACUGAAUUGUUAUGCUUUUUGAAAAUCCUGUGACUGUUGCUUCCCACCCCAACUAAAUCACUAACUCCUAAAAUGUAUGUUUCAUUCUACUAAAAAAACAUCAAAAGACCAUUGUAGGUACUUAAUGAUCUUACUGAAA